CUGUAUGAGUUAAUGUCUCAUACAUUUACUGUGUUUUUGGCUGCUAAAGGGGGGGUGUUUUGUUUUUACCUCUUCAGUAUUUUUGUGAAUUGGGGUUCCUGUGGCGAAAUCACUCGAGACGACUGCGGAGGAGAUGGUGAAGCAUGGUUUUACAACAUCUAUUCAACAUUAUAAUUGGAAGCAAUAAAGAGGCCUCAAAGGCAACAUACCCGUGAUCCUCCACAAAGAGAUACGGUGUCUGUAAGGGAGUAUAUGAGCCACAGGAAGCCCAUGCAUUGGAAAAACUAGAGCGAGCAAUACAAAGUUCAACUAAUAUAAACGUAGAAGAGAGUGAUUGCAAGAAGUAAGAAGAAAUGUAGAUAACAUUUCAGCUUAUAAAAACGAAAACGAGCUUACGAAAAAAGCUGAAUAAAGAGGAUAAAAAAAAAACAGAUUUUGGGGUACCUGGGCUGCAGAAAAACAUCGUAAACAGGCCUCGCUUCCGCAUCCGAUGUUUUGAUUGGUUGAUCUCAAGGCGCCAAGUUUAUCUGGAAAAGAACAUCUAAACAUGGCCACCAAGGGAAGGGAUCGAACCGGGGAUCGCUAUCAUCGUACAAGAAGCGCCAUAAACGACUCCAAGAAUAAAAUCCAGCCCAACAACACAUCCACAAAUAGCACUAGAAUAACAUGGAGUAUGGAUGACCCCGCAACAGACGAAGUGUUCCGUGAAUUAGAUGUGGACGAACUGAGAUGGCCAGAGGAAGAUGCGCGAGAUUCUAGUCAGGAUCUGUCCAUUUUACAGCUGAAAAAUAAGACCAAAAUUAUGGGCACAGGUGUGAGUAGCAGGAUAGCUUUUAAAAGAUGCAGUCAUGGUGCCACCAUAAACUGUAAUAGGGGCAGAGACUUGAAGCGUGCAUGUAACCACUGUUCACACACCCAACCUAGACAAGACCAGGGUACCAGUGAGCGACCAGAUUUGUUUGCACAGCUAGCAGAUGAAGUCAUAUUAGGAAUUUUCAAGCUUUUACCCAGAGACACUUUGAUAACAUGUGCACAAGUGUGUAAGCACUGGCUAAGUUUAGUGUAUGAUGAAAGCCUCUGGCUGACUGUUGACAUGUCUAAAGCUAAACUUCAGCAUGGGUUACUAGGAAGAAUCCUGCUGCGAGGGACUAGAGUCAUGAGAAUUGCAUCCUCAAGGGUAUGUUCCCCUCUCUUGGAUGAAAAUCUUGGAAUAUUACCUGGAGUGGCUCCUCUGUCACCAUCAAAGGCAGCAUGCAACUCACUCUUCAGGCUGACAUACUUGGAUGCCACCCUCUGUACAUUUGAAGACAGCACUUUACUUACUCUUUUACUGCAUUCAAGAAGGCUAAGAUGUCUCAGCUUGGAUUCCUCUAAUUUAUCUCUUAGUAUAUUAAGAGCGAUAGGUGACUGCCAUGACCUUGAGGUGUUAAAUCUUGCCAUGUGCACUGGUAUCACCCUACAAGGUGUUAAGGCACUUGUCAAUGGAUGUAAGCGACUAACACACUUAAAUCUUGCAUGGACACAUUUGAGCAAAGAAUCUAUAAUUCAGGUGGUCCAAAACCUUCCAUUAUUAAGGCAGUUGAAUCUCAGUGGUAGUAGAGAGACAAUGACAGAUGAGGCUGUCCUUCAUUUGAUAAGUAACUGCAUACAUCUGACACACCUGGAUUUAAGUGAUUGUAUUCUGAUUACUGCAAGAUCUCUUCUUGCAAUUAUCCAAGAAACAAAAAUAGAGCACCUUGCUCUCAGCAGAUGUUACAACAUCCCUCCUCAAGCAUUCAGUCUUUGUGUGGAGUUGAAAAGUUUAGCAAAGCUUGAUGUCUAUGGCCUAUUGAAUGGAGAUGGAGUUGAAAUAUUAAAGAGGCAACUUCCUGACACCUUUAUCAACAGCUGUCUAUUCUCCACUAUAGCACGGCCUGUCGACAGUAAAUACAGAGGAACAAUAUGGGGUAUACGAUGCCAGAGAUGAUAGCAAAACAUAAUGGAUAAAUAUUAAUAAGAUAGUAAAAGCAGCAGCAUUGACAGCUGUAUUCAAUUGCUUGUAUUUCAUUUACCCAAACUUGUUGUCUUUCUUUACUGAUUUUUAGACAUCAAGAUCAUAGACUCAUUAUAUGCUUUACUUUGAAGCAUAGGAGAUGUUUAAUUUGAUUACUGUGCAUAGGUUUUUAGUUUGUCCUCCAAACAGAAGAUCUUACAGUAUAACCAAACCCAAGCAUGGACAAGAGUUGAGGGAAACUGGAUUUAAAAUGUUAUUAGGCAAGACUAGAAACUGUGGAGGGUCACAGCUCUUAAUUAGAUUUUAAUAGAGACCUGAUUAUUGGUCUGAAUAUUUGUACAUAUACGUUAAAUUGUACAUAUGUUAUAUUGAUUGCAGUUUUAGAAGAUCCUCAAAUUUUAUUAGGUAAUUUUUAAGGAAUAAGAAACAUUAACCUA